AUGUUAAUAUCGCCUAUCACCGCCUUCAUAAUCCUCCCCGGCCUCCAAAUACUCUCGUUAUGGUCGCCUCCAUUCCCAGGGCGCUCCAUUGUGUUCGUCUCUGCCAUCGUCGCUUGCGCGGUGAUUCUUCACUCCGAAAAGGUCAGCGAUGACCCGCAGAUUACCUAUGGUCUGGGGAUGGCGUGGCCCACGUAUUUGGCCACCAUAGAUCGGUUGUUGUUUAGUGUUCCGGAGGCGGUGUUCUGGAGGGUUGGCGAGAAGCCGGGCGAGGCAUUAGGAUAUGGGAUGUUUGGGUGGAAGAAGUUGAAGUGGGGUGCCGCCCAAAUCUUUAAUCCACGUGGGAUACAUUGGAACUACCAAGUGAAAGGCAUCGCACGCAUCGAGGGAAAGCGAGAAUACCGUUCAAGGAAAGCCUUUGUCAAGAGCCACGCUAUCCAGUUCAUUCAACUCUGUCUAGGAUAUGAUAUCCUUCACAGUUUCCUGGUUUCCCAACACCGACAUGUUGGCUCGAUUGGUGGGGAUUAUACUCCGCUGAGUGAUCACCCUUUCAUCUGGAGUUUCGCGACUACAGCGGCAGCGGCAUAUGUCAUGUUCUGUGGAAUUCAGUUGAAUCACUUAUUGACCUCAAUCACGUUUGUGGGUCUGGGUCUAAGUCGCCCGGAGGACUGGCCACCAUUGUAUGGGAAUAUUUGGGACGCUUUCACUGUGAGACGUGUAUGGGGUUGCUUCUGGCACAAACUCAUCCGUAGGACUCUCAGCUCCUAUGCUAAAUUUGCGGUCCGAACGCUUCGACUCACCGACGAAACCGGUGCAAUUGUACACCUUAUCCUCACCUUCACCCUCUCCGGAAUCUUCCAUGCACUCCCAUUGCGAGUGAUGCUAGGUCCAGACCAUCAUGGCCUCCCUCUUGGUACCAUAUUCUUCUUUGCUUCCCAGGCUAUCGCAAUUUUAUUUGAGGAAGCAGUGGUUUCAUGGUAUGUUCGUGCUACGGGAGGUCAUGCAGAGGUGCGGGUGUGGCACAAGGUUGUAGGGUUUCUGUGGACGACAAUGUGGCUGUAUUGGAGCUUGCCGUUCUUUUUGGAUGAUAUGUUUGCGUCGGGAAUGAUGGACGCGUCCACGAUCCCUUUCUCGGUGGCAAGAGCGGUAGCGGGCGUCUGCGGGUUUUCUCUAAAGAGCUGA